UCUAAAAUCUACUCGUCAAGCAAAAUAGUUUGUAUAGAACUCCUUCUCUUUAAACAGGGGUUUAAUAUGAUAAAAUUGUCGCAGUUUCGAAAACUCUUUUAAACCCAGCUAAAACCCUAACGUCUAUUUUCCAUUUCCAAACUAACUAAAUGUACAGUCAAUUGCUGUUCGUUUUUUGCUGAAGUUGCUGAUGAGAUGCACGCCAGAAACACGAUAGCGGGCGCUGCUCGUCGCUGUAAAAAACUCGGACUUAAUCGUCAAUGCCCGUUAUAUGAAAACACCCUUCAAUCAGAGGCUUUUUCGGAGUGUGCUGAAAAUGGCUUACUGUCGGUUGUGAUAGGUAAAACCCUUAACACGGUCGGCAGAGGCGCGAAAUCCCACUUCGUUCGUGGGUUUUAUAGCUCAUCCAGCGCUAAUCCUCAAAAUGAUGAUGACUGCGAUGCAUACAGCUCGGUCACAAGUUCGAUUCACAGGGAGGAAGAGGGCAAGGCCUCAACCGUGGAGCCUAUUUGGAACGCCGCCUACAGAGCGAAGGUCGACGAAGUUGUCUUCGGCAUCAAACAAAACGGACAGAAAAAUAAUGCUUCAGAGAGUGCUUCGGGAGACAGUGCGGAAAAGUCUGAAGGAGGUCGGGGGUUGCAGGCCGCUGAAGAAAAGCUCAAGAAGGCUAAGGAGUUGAUUAUGAAGGAAUUUGCAAAGGAGAAACAGAAAAUCGUUUCAAAGAAGGUUGAAGGAAGUCCAUGGAUGCAGAAGGAGGAGGCCAUGGUUGGACUUGCUGAGAGAAAAGAGAAAUUUAUGAAGGGGAAGGGUCAAUUUGCCAACGUAAAUGAAAAACAUGAUUCUAAGAAGGUCAAGGGACGUCCACUGGCUACGCAGAAGGAGGCCAACCAGAGAGUUACAAAGGAAAAAGAUAAAUUUGUUAAGAAUAAUGAUAGAUUUGCCAAGGAAGAGGGGAGUUUUGUUCUGCGGAAGCUUAAAGGAGCUAGGAAAAGUGAGACGGUUGAAUCAAAGAAGGUUAAGGGAGGUUCGUCGGUUGAAGAGGAGGCCAAGGGCAAAUUUACCAGGGAGAAGGAUAGAGUUGCUAAGGAAAGGGAUGAAUUUGCAAAGAGAAAAAAAGAUAAAUCUGCAAAGGAAAAGGAAAACAUUGGGAGGACAGCUAAUGAAUUGGACGAGGGUGAGGACGAAGAUGAAAUAGAAGGUGAAAUGCUACAGACUGAUGAGGAUAUUGAUGAGUUGUUUCCCCAGCAUAGUUCCGAAGAGAAGGAACGGAUGGCUUCGGAGUUGACCAAGGCUAUAAGCUCAUUCAAACUAUCAUAUGAAAGUAAUGCUACGAACGGUCCUUCAAAAAAAGGUUCCACGAAGUUUGAAGAAGGGUUGCUGGAGGAAUCUACUUCCGUGACAGGCAAGCAGAAAGAGAAUAGGACAGCUGUUAAGGGAACUGAUAAAUUUGUAAAGGGGAAGACAAAAGUUGGAAAUGAAUUAGAGGAGGAGGAGGAGGACGAUAGAUUAGGUGAAAUGGAUCAGACUGAAAAUUCUACUGAAGAUUGGUCCCCGCACUUGAAUCCCGUAGAAAAGGAGUGGAGGUCUUCAAAGUUGGCCAGGACUUUACUCGAAGCUUCUUUGGCACAGCCUGAUGACGAAUUGGAGGAGGAAAAAGAAGGGCACGUUAGGGAAGAGGACCAGAAAUCGCUCUCUGUGGGGAUUAUUGGGCCGCCCAAUGCUGGAAAGUCGACCUUGACAAAUUUCGUGGUUGGAGAAAAGGUUGCUGCAGUUUCUCGAAAGACAAACACAACAACUCAUGAGGUCCUUGGAGUGUUGACAAAAGGCGAUACCCAAAUUUUGUUUUAUGAUACACCAGGUCUCAUGCUGAAUUAUGCUGGAAAUCCUUAUAAGGAUGUUAGACAGCGUGUUGAAAGUGCAUGGAAUUCAGUUGAGCUCUAUGAUUUACUUAUAGUCGUUAUUGAUGCUCAUCGGCAUCUUACAAGGCCUGAUUCAAGAGUUAUAAAGCUUGUAAAUAAAGUGGGGGAAAAAGUUCAUCCUAAUCAAAAGAGAAUUUUAUGUAUGAACAAAGUUGAUUUAGUUGAAGUGAAGAAAGACCUGUUAAAAGUUGCUAGUGAGUUUGGACACCUGCCUGGAUACGAUAAAUUUUACAUGUUAUCAGGAAUGAAAGGCUCUGGUGUUAAAGAUCUUGUAAAAUAUUUAAUUGAACAGGCGGUUAGGAGACCUUGGGAUGAAGAUCCCAUCACUUUGGAUGAAGAUUCUCUAAAAAACACAUCUCUUGAAGUUGUACGAGAAAAAAUGCUGCACUAUAUACAUCAGGAAAUACCCUAUGAAGUUGAUCAACGCUUGAUUGAUUGGAAGGAAAUGGAAGAUGGAUCUCUACGAAUUGAGCAACAUUUUAUUGUACAUAAACAUACACAUCGCAGGAUUAUUGUUGGGACAAGGGGAUCUAAAAUAAGGGAGAUUGGAAUGGCAGCAAACGAAGAAUUAAGAGCAUUGUUCAAAAGGACAGUACACCUUAUCAUCCAAGUGAGGCUGAAAAGCUGAAAUAUUAUGAAGGUGAUGUUACAAGUAAUACCAAAAGUCACGAAGUCUUUGGCAACACAGUUCCCAGUUUCAUCUAUUUAAGAAGUCUGUUUUAUUUCUUUGCUGCUUGAAGGCUUUGAGAAUCUCAUAUAUGGGAGUUAAUGUUUCUGUUAAAUAUAAACAUUAGGAUUGUAGUUUGGAGCCUGUUUUGUGCUUCUUUUCAAGAAUUAGUUGCUGCAUUAUAUACAACUGUUAGCGAUAUAAUUAUUGUAUUAUAUAUUUAAUUCCAAUCAAUUUCAACAAAGCUUUUUCAGUAGUCGCUGUAAAGAGAUGCAGUAAUUGUUCAGAAGGUGUUAGAUUUCAAUUGAUAGUUUUUUUGAGAGGUUGAAACAUCUCGUUGAACUGCGAGUUAGACCUGAUGUCAGCCAUUCUAUUUUUGAAGUCAUCGAUUUGCUCAAAUUAAAUAAGGAGCAAAAUGCAUUUUUAUAUAUUGUUUUAGCAGCUGUCAAGCAGGUGCUACAAAAACAUGCAAAAGUAAAGUUGUUAAGGAAUCCCAUUGGUUGGGACAUCAAUGUAGUCUGACCAGGCUAUUCUUUUUGUAGUUGAUUUUAAUUGAGUCUUCCAUGCUCUUUUAGAAAAUUA